AUGUGAUUAGGACAGAUGAGGAUGUUAGACAACAUUAACACCAGCAUAUCCCCUUCAGAAUGCAGCAUCACCCACAAGGGAAGAUACAUCUACCUGGAGGCACUGCUGCACGGAGGUGCUCCAUGGGGAUUCACGCUGAAGGGCGGGCUGGAGCACGGAGAGCCAUUAAUCAUCUCAAAGAUCGAAGAGGGAGGGAAGGCAGAUUCCCUGCCUUCCAAGCUGCAGGCUGGUGAUGAAGUGGUGAACAUCAACGAGGUGGAGCUGAGCAGCUCCAGGAGAGAGGCCAUCUCCCUGGUGAAAGGCUCCUACAAGAAGCUGAAGCUUGUCGUCCGCAGGGACACCCAUGCAGCACAGGGAUGCACAGAGCUGUCUCCCAGCCCGCUCAACCAGGACUGCGUGACCACUGACUUCCAGCCCGGCAAAGCCACGUGGGCAGCAGGAGUCAAGUUACGGCUGAAGAGCAGGCGGAGUGAAACUCCAGGCCGACCUCACUCCUGGCAUUCAAGCAAACUCGCGGAGAACCAGCCCGAUCCCAGCAUGAUGCAAAUAUCUCAGGGUACGCUUGGCACCCCUUGGCAUCAGUCCUACCACUCCAGCUCCUCCACCAGCGAUCUCUCGGCGUUCGAGCAUGGCUAUCUGAGGAGGAGCCCGGAUCAGUACAGCUCCCGGGGCAGCAUGGAGAGCUUGGACCACUCCUCCCCUGCCUACCACCCUUGCCACCUGUCCCCGGCCAAAUCCACCAACAGCAUCGACCAGCUCUCCCACCUGCACAGCAAGAGAGACUCUGCCUACAGCUCCUUCUCCACCAACUCCAGCAUCCCCGAGUACCCCGUGGCCCCGCCGGGCAAGGAGCACUCGUGCUCCCCGGACAGCGCACAGUCCCGCCGGGGGCUGCCGGAGGGCAUGCGGCAGGCGGACAUCCGCUACGUCCGGACGGUCUACGACGCCCAGCAGCGCAUCUCCCAGGAGUACGAGGUGAAGCCCCCGGCCCUGCUCCCCGGCGGCGACGGCCGCGGCCACGGCAGGCUCCACACCUUCGGCCGGCACAACGCCGCCUCCUCCUGGGCACAGCCGGCGCAGGGCCCCUCGGACUGCAAGAGCCAGCCGUCCAAGGGGCCGCCCCUGCCUCCCGCUCGCAGCGACAGCUACGCGGCCAUCAGGCACCACGAGAGGCCCGGCUCGGGCACCGGCCUCGAGCCCAACAAGCCCGGCCGGAGCCAGCCCAAAGGGGCCUGGGCACCGCUCAUCAGCUCCCUGUCGCAGGGGCCGCUGCCGAAACCGCCCUUCGGAGAAGGGCACCUGCACACCGUGGUGGAGAAGAGCCCGGAGAGCAGCCCCACCAUGAAGGCCAAGCAGAGCUUUUCCCAGGCAGCCCAGCCAGGGCAGCCCCUGCUGCCCACCGGUGUCUACGCCGUUCCCUCCCCGGAGCCGCACUACGCGCAGGUGCCCCGGCCUUCCGCGGGCAGCACCGGGACGCUUUACCCAGCUCUGGCCAAAGAAAGCGGCUACUCCCCAGCCCUCCCGGCCUCCUACGACAAGGCCGUGGCUGGCAGCACCCUGGCCUUGGAUGAGAAUGGAAACCAAAGCACUACCAACAGGUCGACCAUCUUCUACCAGCCCCCUGCCACUGAGAGAAAGCACGAAGCCAGACUCAUCCAGCAGAAGCUUCCCAGCGCAGCAGGCCCGGAGCUCGGCCUGGCUGUCUCGCGAAAGGAGGAGCUGCUACCCCUUUACAAGGCAGCACACAGCCACCGAGAGACCAUGGGUACCACACAGACCUCCAAGCCCGUUUUCCAGGGUCCACAACCCCAGCUGAGGGAUGCUAGUGAGAGGAAAAACCAUUACCAGCCCAAAGAGGACUGGACACCUGGAUCCCAGGAGGAGAAAAAUGGCAACGCACAGGUAAGCGAGAGAGACACUGGUGCUGCCCACCCGUGGGGUCACAGCAAAGCCAAGCAGUAUGGCUUCUCUUCCUUGCAGAACAUCCCAGAGAGCUCCAGGAGACAAAGCAGCUCUGACCUAAGGGAGACACAACCAGGCGAGGGUUAUUCCAACACCAGACUGUCCUUCCUGAACAGCAGCAGCAGAGAGGAGAAGGAUCACAGGGAGCAGGGGCACAGACAGUGGAGCGAUGUGGACCCCCAGGCCUUCACGAGGCAGGAGGAGGAGGGCACGAGUGUGCCUCUGUUCCACGCUGCUGAGCCAAAGUGCAAAGAGCCCCCUUCUCCUCAGCUCCCAAAGCCCUCAGAUUUCGGGAGGAGCCGGCUCAGCUCUAGCAGCACCCAAAGCUUUCCCUACAGCAAACCAGAGGCAGGCAAGCCCCGCUGCUCGGUGCUGGAGAAGGUCAACAAGUUUGAGCAGCGGGAGCAGAGCGCUCCCCGGCCCCAGAGCGCUGGCGUUCCCAGCUUUGGCCAGCACUAUGGGCCGAGCAGGACGAGCCAGCCCGCUGGCACGAGGUGCUCUGUGCACAGCCCAGAGGACAUGAGAGGCAAGCUGCCCAGUGAGCCAGGCAGGGGCUCCAGCCCGUCCGUCAGGAACGGGAAGCUGGAAGAGGCUGACUGGCGCCCCGUCGAGCUGCAGAUGGUGGCUGCAGUGAAGCAGGCGAGACCCAGCGAGUACUACAGCCUGUGUCCUGAAAACGAGGUGCAAAUAAGGGCAGCUCAGCUUCCUCGGAGUAGGAGCACGUUCCAGCUGGGAGGCGAGCCUGAGAAGGAGAUCCUCUGGAGGGAUAACAUCCAGGAUGCGCACGGAUCGCAGCUGGACGCGUCGUUUAACAGGGCCUACAGGAACAGCAUCAAAGAUGCCCAGUCCAGGGUGCUGAGGGCCACGUCCUUCCGGCGGAUCAGCCCCCCGUUCGGGAACACGCCCAAGAGGGUGCCCCAGAGGCCUGCCUCGGCCCACGUGGGCAUGAGGAGCACGGCGGCAUCCCCGCACACCCCCAAGGAGAGGCACAGCAUCACGCCCACGGAAGGAGGCUUCUCCAGCCUGGACUACGGCAGGACGCAGCACGUGCUGCGCAUCGGGGGCCGGAAGCGGCUGACGGCAGAGCAGAAGAAGCGCUCCUACUCAGAGCCCGAGAAGAUGAACGAGGUGGGCAUCUCGGACGGGGAGCCGUCGCCUUUCUCCUUCCAGAAGAAAAGCAUCCAUUUCAUCUUCCCGGAGAACACGGUGGCCGACCGGCGCAAGAUCUUCGAGAGGGACGGCAAAGCUUCCUCCACAGCCAGCCUGUCCAAGCCGGAGCUCAAGCAGCUCCAGCAGAACGCCCUGGCCGACUACAUCGAGCGUAAAACGGGGCGACGGCCGUCCUCGCAGGACAUCGGGCUGCUCAGGGAGCGCUCCCACAGCUCCUACCUGCAGCUGGGCGGCCCCGACAGCCAGAGCCUUUCCUCCGCCUCCAGUGUGAAUUCCCUCCAGGACCAGAACCUUUUCCGCCGCAGGGAGUCCAUGGAGCGGGUAUCAAGGACGGGACGGAUGUCUUCCACCCUUCCCCCUGGGCUGAUGGACUGCUUGGACACGAGCGGAGACGAGAAGGUGCCGGGGCGCCAGGACAGCCUGGUCACGGGCCGGCCCAAACCAGAGAGGUGCCGGGAUCACAGACCCAGAUCAGAUCUCACCAAAGGCACGCAGACAGACCUGCUGGGCACGCAGGGCCAGCCCCGCUACAGGAAGCAGGAGCAGGUCUUUGAAACCCCCUCUACCGCCAGGAAAUCUGGGAAAUCGGUGUCUGUGGAAGACUUGCUCGAUAGGUACGACAAUCAGCCGGUCCCUGUGCACAUGCGCUCCAGGUCGUCUCCCACGGCGGAUAAGAAACACCAGGAGCUGCUGAGAAGGGAGAGCAGUGAGUUCGGCCCCAUGGUGAGGGAUCCCUGCUACAUGCUCAGCGCAGGAGCCAGGUCUUUCAGCAAGAAAGAAAGAAGCCACUCAGAGAAAAUGGCGUUCACCAGUUACUAUCCCCAUCCCCUCCGCAGCACAGAGCUUGUCGCCGGGCCUGCCACGCUGGUCGAGAAUCACAAGCUCUCAGAACUUUCCAGGCCAGAGAGCAGGACUUCUGCAUUUUUCCCAACAGAGGCAAGGAGUCACCAUCCUGACCAAAAGCAAGGCUUUAAACCCUUGUUCCUUAACCUUACUCCUUCUGGGCCUGGCCACUCUUCCCCUGAUACACCCGCCCAGGCUCCCUCAGACUUGCAGAGCACAGGUGACAGCCAGGCUCCGAGACAGCACCAUGCCAAACGAGAGGCUGUUCCCCCUGAGGGCAGCGGCAGCGCUCAGGCACAGCCUCUGGAUGCUGUCCAGGACAGAUCCCCCGAGGCUGCCACGGAAGAGAUGGUGUGGAGGAGGAAAGCGGGGCUGCUGCACAGGUCCCUCCCGCCCAAAGCGGCGUGGGCUCAUUCGGCCAAAGACAAUGGCUACACCAGGGCCAUGGCGUCUCCUCCGGCCGCCGGGCCGAAGCCCUCCCAGAGGUGGCAGUCCCUGCCCACGCAGAGCAGCACUUCCUCCGACCCAGAGACUCCUUCUCCCCAGGCCGUGACCCAGCUCCGGAUCUCGGAGUCGGGGCUGCAGCUCACGCCCCCGCCGUCGCUGCAGGACGAGGAGGACGACGAGGUGUUUGUCGCGCCCUUCUCCCCGCCGCCGUCCCGUCCUCUUCCCGAGCUCAGCUCUUGCACUUCUGCCAACGGCACGGAGGAAUUCCCACCUCCUCCCCCUCCCGCUGAGGGGAAUGGGGCAGCUGGAGACAAAUCCCCCCUGCUCCCAGAGGAGGCGGGUGUGAGCAGCUUCAAAAGCUUUCCCAAAGCCCUGGCCGAGAGGGAGAUAACAGGGUUGGGCACCAGCACCGGUGAAAAUAACUGGCCAGCCCCAUUAAAGAGGACUUGCUCUCCAUCUGCUGUGGAUCAGCAGCACCAAUCCCCUGCUUCUCCUGAAGGGUCUCAGAGCACUGACAGACAGCCCAUAACUCAGCCUGAAGGUAACCCCAGAGAGCCAGCAUUGGAAAAUGCCAGCCUGGACUCCGGGAUAACCAGCACAGCACCCCCGGUGAAGGCAAAGAACAAGAGCCCAGAGGAUAUUAAGUCAGAGGCUCUAGCAAAAGAAAUUGUCCAUAAAGACAAAUCUCUGGCUGAUAUCCUGGACCCAGAUUCCAAAAUGAAGACGACCAUGGACUUGAUGGAAGGGAUUUUCCCCGGUGGAAGCAGCGUGCUGAAGGAGAACAACAUGAAGAGGAAGAUGUGGCAGACACAAGGCAGCAGGACGGCGGUGGCGGGUGACACGAGAGAGGACAAGGAAGCUCCUGUCACCCUGGUCACCUGUCCUGCUUACUACAGUGUUUCAGCACCCAAAGCAGAACUGCUGAAUAAAAUCAAGGACUUGCCAGAAGAAGUAGGUGAGGAAGAAGAGCUGCUGGACAUCAAUGAGAAAAAGGCUGAGCUCAUCGGGAGCUUGACCCACAAACUGGAAAUCCUGAAGGAAGCCAAGGAGGGCCUGCUGGAGGACAUUAAGAUGAAUAAUGCUCUCGGGGAGGAGGUGGAGCUGUUGAUCAGCACGCUGUGCAAACCCAACGAGUUUGACAAGUACAAGAUGUUCAUUGGCGAUCUGGAUAAGGUGGUGAACCUCCUGCUCUCCCUCUCGGGACGCCUGGCCCGUGUGGAGAACGUCCUGAGCAGCCUGGGGGACAACGCCAACAGCGAGGAGCGGAGUUCCCUGAACGAGAAGCGGAAGCUGCUGGCUGGCCAGCACGAAGACGCCCGGGAGCUAAAGGAAAACCUCGACCGUCGGGAACGGCUGGUCUUGGACAUCCUGGGCAACUACCUCUCUGAGGAGCAGCUCCAGGACUACCAGCACUUUGUCAAGAUGAAGUCUGCCCUCCUCAUAGAGCAGCGGGAGCUCGACGACAAAAUCAAACUGGGCCAGGAGCAGCUCAAGUGCCUGAUGGAAAGUCUCCCCACGGACUUCACGCCCAGGGAUGCAGCAGCAGCGGCUGCCCUGGCUGCAGCACUUGCUACCUCCUCCGGGGUCGGUGGUAAAACACCUCCAGCAGCCUCUUCCUCACUCUAACCUGGCCCAGGUAGAGCUGGGAUGCAGCCCUGCCCCAGUCCCUUUAAUCCCAGUACUUGGCAGAUGGUCCUCUUCAAAGACCAUGGAAAGAGACAGGUCUAAACCAAGAUUUUAAUGAAGGAAAAAAAAAAAUAGCAAUAAUAAAGGUUUUAUUUUCCUUUCCUUCCACCUCUGGUUCAUGGAAACUUAAAUCAAUGCGGAGGGAAAUCUCCUCCUGCCCGAGAUGAGAAAGCAUCUCACAGGAAUUAAACACAUGACCUUCAAUAAAAAACAUGACCUCCUCUCUUCCCUCCCUUUUCUGCCUACCUGACACCUCAUUAAAUAAUGAAGGAUCUAAGAAUGAAGCCUUAAAAAUAAAACCAACCCAUUUUACUGAACAUUAUUGAUAUUUAUAUUUUUUAAAGAACAAGACGGAAUGUGUAAGUUUUUGUACAUACUCUAAUCAGUUACUUGAUUCUACUUUGUUCUGUAUGUAGAAAAGACAUUUAAUUUUGUAUUUUGUGAAGACCUUAACAAAAAGAGGGAACCCCAAAGAUAGUCAUGCAGUAGCUUGAAACAUCUCAUUGUGGUUUUGUUGCUGUUGUUGUGGUUGUUUUUUAAUAUAAUAAAGGGCUACGAGAAGCAGCUUCA